AACAAGCAUUUACUAAGCAUGUAGUCGAAUUGGAGACACCGUCCCUCUUGAGGAUCUCCGCCGCCAUGGCACAAUUUUAGGGCUUUGCUGCUACUGUGUGCAGGGCGGCGCAGCGCAGAGCACCAAUCCGACGUGCCUCCGCUCAGAGAGGCGGAGCCUCAAAACUUUCCCUAAACAGCCUCAAGCAGCAGCAAUUCUAGUGCGCCAUCCUACCCUAUACCUUCUGACUUGCGCUUCUUUCGCUUUCAGCUAGACAAGUUAUCCUAGCAUUCUCUGGAGUGGACACAGGUCCACGCCACAGCCAUGGCUAAGCCUUUGACUGAUCAGGAGAAGCGCAAACAGAUUAGUAUCCGUGGUAUCGUGGGCGUUGAGAAUGUGGCGGAGUUGAAGAAGGGCUUUAAUCGGCACUUGCACUUCACUCUGGUCAAGGAUCGGAAUGUGGCCACCCCUAGAGACUACUAUUUCGCCUUAGCCCACACUGUUCGUGACCACCUGGUGGGGCGCUGGAUCCGCACUCAGCAGUACUACUACGAGAAGCACCCCAAGAGAGUUUAUUAUCUGUCCUUGGAAUUUUACAUGGGACGUACUUUGCAGAACACCAUGAUCAAUCUUGGUCUGAAGAAUGCUUGUGAUGAGGCUAUUUACCAGCUUGGAUUAGAUAUAGAGGAGCUAGAAGAAAUUGAAGAAGAUGCUGGACUUGGUAAUGGAGGUCUUGGGAGGCUUGCUGCCUGUUUCUUAGACUCUAUGGCAACACUUGGACUUGCAGCCUAUGGAUAUGGAAUCCGAUAUGAAUAUGGAAUAUUCAAUCAGAAGAUCCGAGAGGGUUGGCAGGUAGAAGAAGCAGAUGAUUGGCUUAGACAUGGUAACCCCUGGGAGAAAGCUCGUCCAGAAUUCAUGGUCCCUGUCCACUUCUAUGGCAGAGUAAUCGAUACCCAGAAGGGAACCAAGUGGGUUGAUACUCAGGUGAUCCUUGCACUACCCUAUGACACACCAGUGCCUGGAUAUAUGAAUAAUACUGUCAAUACCAUGCGACUCUGGUCUGCUCGGGCACCAAAUGACUUUAACCUCCGUGACUUUAAUGUCGGUGACUAUAUUCAGGCAGUUCUAGACCGCAAUCUUGCUGAAAACAUUUCCCGUGUUCUGUAUCCCAAUGAUAACUUUUUUGAAGGAAAGGAGCUGAGAUUAAAGCAGGAGUACUUUAUCGUGGCUGCCACUUUACAAGAUGUCAUCCGACGCUUCAAAGCCUCCAAGUUUGGUACAGUGUUUGAUGCUUUUCCAGAUCAGGUUGCCAUUCAGCUGAAUGAUACACACCCUGCCCUUGCUAUCCCUGAGCUGAUGAGGAUUUUGAUGGACAUUGAAAGACUGCCCUGGUCUAAAGCCUGGAAAAUCACAACAAAGACAUUUGCAUAUACCAACCACACUGUCCUCCCAGAAGCAUUAGAGCGCUGGCCAGUGGAACUUGUAGAGAAACUUCUCCCACGACAUUUACAAAUCAUCUAUGAGAUCAAUCAGAAACACUUAGAUAGAAUUGCAUCACUGUUCCCUAAAGAUGAAGACCGUCUCAGAAGGAUGUCUCUAAUAGAAGAGGAAGGGGGAAAAAGGAUAAAUAUGGCCCAUCUCUGUAUCGUGGGCUCUCAUGCUGUGAAUGGUGUGGCUAAGAUUCACUCUGACAUUGUGAAGACUAAAGUAUUCAAGGACUUCAGUGAGAUAGAACCAGACAAAUUUCAGAAUAAAACCAAUGGGAUAACUCCAAGGCGCUGGCUUUUGCUCUGCAACCCAGGACUUGCAGAGUUAAUAGCAGAGAAAAUUGGGGAAGACUAUGUGAAAGACUUAAGCCAGCUGACCAAGCUGCACAACUUUGUUUCUGAUGAUAUUUUUCUAUGUGAAGUGGCCAAUGUGAAGCAGGAAAACAAACUCAAGUUUUCUCAGUUCCUGGAGAAGGAAUACAAAGUAAAGAUCAAUCCAUCUUCUAUGUUUGAUGUGCAAGUUAAAAGGAUCCAUGAGUAUAAGCGACAACUCAUGAACUGCCUUCACGUCAUUACAAUGUAUAACCGCAUUAAAAAAGACCCUAAGAAGCCAUUUGUGCCCAGAACAGUUAUAAUCGGAGGCAAAGCUGCUCCAGGAUAUCACAUGGCUAAAAUGAUCAUCAAGCUCAUCACAUCUGUGGCUGAUGUGGUGAACAAUGACCCUGUUGUUGGAAGCAAGUUGAAAGUCAUCUUCUUAGAGAACUAUAGAGUAUCUCUGGCUGAAAAAGUUAUUCCAGCCACAGAUUUGUCGGAACAGAUUUCAACUGCUGGCACUGAAGCUUCAGGGACAGGCAAUAUGAAAUUCAUGCUGAAUGGAGCUCUCACCAUUGGCACAAUGGAUGGAGCAAAUGUAGAAAUGGCCGAGGAAGCUGGAGAAGAGAACCUGUUCAUCUUUGGCAUGAGGGUAGAUGAUGUUGCUGCUUUGGACAGCAAAGGGUAUGAUGCUAAGGAAUAUUAUGAAAAGCUUCCAGAACUGAAAAUGGCCAUUGAUCAGAUUGAUAAUGGCUUCUUCUCUCCAAAGCAGCCAGACCUUUUCAAAGACAUCAUCAACAUGCUAUUCUAUCAUGAUAGGUUUAAAGUCUUUGCAGAUUAUGAAUCCUAUGUCAAGUGUCAAGAAAAAGUCAGUCAACUAUACAUGAAUUCAAAAGAGUGGACUAGAAUGGUAGUGAAAAACAUAGCUGCCUCAGGAAAAUUCUCAAGUGACCGAACAAUUAAGGAAUAUGCUAAGGACAUCUGGAGUAUGGAACCUUCAGACCUGAAGAUUCCUCUACCUAAUGAACCUAGAGAGAUGUUGAAUAAAGAAAAUGGUAAAUGAAUCAAUGAGAUGGAAUUCUGAACAAUCUGGGAUGGGGAGGAGGGGAGAAGUAGCCAAAUAUUUUAUUGUACCUAAGUAUAUUUUGCAAUAUUCCUUUCUUUAAAAAUAAAACUGUAGUAAGUAGUUCUAAUUAUGUUUUGGAAGAAAAAUGUCUAUCUAUUGGGAUUGAAUAAAGAGCUAAGUUCAAAGAACUUAAGUUUAAGAGAAUUUAAAUACUACUAAGCUAGCCAAUUAUUUUAUAAGAUUAAGUGGUGAUCUACUGCCAUUACCAAAGCUGAUCAGACAGAAAAAUACUCAGAUUUUUAAUGUAAUACAAAUGUGUCAAAUUAAUGAAAAUAUAAUCAUUUUCUUAAAUUGGAAACUCUUUAACAUUAUCUCUGGAUACAAACCAGGAGGUACUUUAUAUAAAAAGCUAUUCAGAAUUCUUGAUAUAACCAUCUAACAUUAUCAAACAAUUAAUCAAUAGACAUUUAUUAAACACCUGCUAUGUGCCUGGCACUGUAGUAAGUGCUGGGUUUAUGAAAAGAGGCAAAAGACAGUCUUUGCUCUAAAGGAAUUUACAACCUGAUGGGCAAGACAGCUUGCAAACAAAUAUAUGCAAAGUAAAGUAUAUAUGUAAGCAUGACAUUAAAGAGUGAUGGGUGGUGAAAGUGAUCCCAGGCUGAGGCCUGGCUGAGCAUAAUUGGUGGCAUGAUAAGGGGGGCUUAGGAUGAAUGUACCUUAAAGAUCAUCUGCUAUAUUGUUUUCUUCUUUUCCAUCUUGGCCAAUCUGGUAGGUGUGAGGUAGAACUUCAAAGAUGCUUUGGUAUGCAUCUCUCUUAGUAAUUUGGAGCAUUUUUUUCAUGUGAUUGUUGAUAGCUUGGAUUUUUUUUUUCUUGAAAACUGUCUUACACAAUUUAUCUACUUAAGAAUGACCCUUAGUCUUAUAAAUUUAUGUCAGAUCCGUAUAUAUCUUUGAGACCUUUAUCAGAGAAACUUAUUAAAAUUAUCUGUUACCUACUUUACUUCUGAUUUUGACAUUAAAUUUACUUCUGCAAAAACUUUUAGUUUUAUAUAAUCAAAAUUGUCCAUUUUAUCCUGUGGGAUUCUGCUACUUUUUUGGUCACCCAAUCUUUCCCCUAUCCAUAGAUCUGAAAGUAAUUUCUUCUUUAGUCCUCUAAUUUAUUUUAUGAGUUGACCUUCUGUACCUAGGUCAUGUAUACAUUUGGAGCUUAUCUUGGUGUAUGGCAAGAAAAGCUGCCCAGUUUUCCCAGUAGAUUUUGUCCAAUAAUGAGUCUUUUCCCUAGUAACUGGGCUCUUGGGAUUCAUGUAAACAUUAUGCUGCCAGGUUUGUUUGCGUCUGUACACUGUGUACCUAAUCUGUUCCAAUGAUUGACCUUUCUUUUUUUAAACCAGUACAAAAUCAUUUAAUGAUUACUGUUUUAUAAUACAGUUUAAGAUCAGGUACUGAUAAGACUUAUUUCCCACUCUUUUUCAUUUUUACUCUUGAAAUUCAUGAACUUUUCCUCCUCCAUAUGAAUUAUUUUUUUCUGCCCCUUUAAAAUAUUCUUUUGGGAGUUUAAUUGGCACAGGACUGAAUAAAUUAGAUUAUCUAGUAUUAUCAUCUUUAUUACAUUGGCAUGACCUACUCUUGAGUAAUUAAAGCUUCUCUAGGUCUGUCUUUAUUUCUGCAAAAGGUGUUUUACAGUGAGAUUUAUAUAAUUCUGGGGUGUAUCUUGAAAGAUACACUCCUCAGGAUUUCAUUGUUUCUGCAAUUAUUUUGUGUGGAAUUCUCUUUAAAGCUCUUCCUGCUGAGUUUUAUAGAUUAAAUAUAUAGAAAUAAAGAGUAUUUAUGUGGAUUUGUCUUA